AUGUAUAUACCAUGUGAUUCAUAUUGAGAUGAAUCAUUUCGCGUAGAAACGAGUUUCACUCUCGAGGUGCGAGUGAAACCGAACACCACCUUGUAUAGGAAAUUUCGAAUCGAAGCUGCAGGUAAUGCGUCGAGUAGCUUCGUUUCUUUCUUCUCUCUCUCUCUCUCUCUCUCUUUGUCUGUCUUUUUUUUGCUCUGGGAAAGUAAGGAUUAACACGUUUGAAGGUUAAUAAAUUUCCGUUUGACGCGCAGAUCACGAGAAGGAAGGAUAUGAUAAACUGUGGCCGAUGAAGAAAAGAGCACGAGCAAGAGUACGAGCAGCAGGAGCACGAGCAAGAAGAGCAAGCGGCUUCGUCGAGGAAGGCGAAAAGAAGCGACGACGAGGCAGCAGCAGUAGCAGCAGCAAUCUGAUGUUAGCAGACAUUAACGGUAACUUGGCGGAUCUGAGAAGCGAAGCGAUGGCGUCGCAGAGGUUUUGUCUGCGCUGGAAUAAUCAUCAAAGUAAUCUACUCUCCGUUUUCGACCAACUACUCCAUGACGAGUCGUUCGUCGAUGUUACGCUGGCCGUCGAGGGUCAGCUACUCAGGGCACAUAAGAUGGUGCUGUCGGCGUGUAGUCCCUACUUUCAGGAUGUCCCGUACGUGGACAUGCGCAGCCUUUUGGAUUUCAUGUACCGCGGGGAGGUCAGCGUCGACCAGGACAGGCUAACCGCCUUCCUGAGAGUCGCUGAGUCUCUCAGGAUAAAGGGCCUGACCGAGGUAAACGAGGACAAGUGUGACCUGCCUAGUAUUACCUCGUCGUUGCUUGGCAAUCAAAACACAGUACCUCCGCCACCGCCGAAUCUACAUAGAAUAAACCAAAUCGGGCCUCACCACCACGUGUCGCAGAAGAGGAUGCACCAUAUGUCGAGCCAUCCUCUUCUUGGUUCGGCCUUAUCCGCGCCAAAGAGGAAAAGAGGCAGGCCAAGGAAGCUCAGCGGCUCCUCCGACACGCCGAUCAGCGAGAUCUCGGGCCAGGAGAUGCAGUCCUGUUUGGGCACGGAUCUCGUCCAAGGUUCGCCGGAGAUGAUGGAAAUGAAGAUGAGUAUCGACUUUCAGAGCGAAAGCACCGGUAAUACUGGUAGAGGCGGAAACACCGGCACCGCUUCGGCAAGUAGUAACAACGUGAGCAGCAAUAACGUCGGCGGCAACUCGGCAUCCACGGGAACCAGUCUGGCCGCUUCUUCCUCCUUGUCGUCGUCGAGAAAGGACGAACCAACGGAAAAUGGUACUGACACACCCGAGUCGCUAACACCUCGCGUCAAACGGGAACCUGAACCAACGCCUAGCACCUCUGCCCAAGUACUACUAUUACUACUACUACUACUACUACUACUACUAUUACUACUACUACUACUAUUACUACUACUACUACUAUUACUACUACUACUACUACUACUACUACUACUACUACUACUAUUACUACACUACUACACUACUACUAG